GUCCAUUUUUCAUUUAAAAAACUCUCUCCCUCUCUCUCUCUCUCUCUCUCUCUCUCUCUCUAAAUACUUAUCUUGUAGGCUGCAUGUCACUUGGCAGUCUUGUUCACUAUCUCUUUAACCGAGCCUUCAUGAACCACUAAAUUAGCCUCUUCAAUAUCUCUGUCAGUUUUUGUAAGACCAUUUACUGUUUCCUUGUUAACUCUCUCCAUUUCCUUUCCUAAGCUCCAUUUUCAGUUCCAUUUUCAUUUUCACCAACAUUUCUUCCACAGCAUUAUCUGCUCUGAAAGCUCAACCUCUUAACUCAACUCCAAAAUGUCAUUCUUGUGCCAAUUGAUUUCUGACCUCACGUCUCAGACUGCAAACUUCGUACUUUUCUGAAAAAUGGGUCUUCUUAAAGCUGCACUCCUGGUUUGUCUUUGUUGGGUUUUCUCUCUUUUGYGGUUUGGAGCUCGCUGCCAUGGUUCAGAGGUCACUGUGAAGUUCUUGAAGGCCCCUAAUGCUUUCUCACGAUCAAAGUCGGCCACUUUUGUGUUUGAAAUUUUAGUGAACGGACUCACUGAUAGUUGCAAGGACUGUAACAUCAGUUGCUCGCUGGAUAACAGCCACCCUUUAGAUUGUAAUGACAGGAAGAUUUUCUAUUCAGAAUUGGAGGAUGGAGAGCAUAAAUUCAAGGUCUGCACUAAUUUGUCUAAGGGAGUUGGCUGUUCUAGCUACAACUGGACUGUUGAUACAGUUCCCCCCACAGCAUCUAUUAUGGCCUCGACAACAUUUACGAAUGCUUUAAAUGUUUCUGUAAAUAUUUCUUUCUCUGAACCUUGUACUGGUGGUGGAGGUUUCGGAUGUUCAUCUGCACAGGCCUGCAACCUACUGGUGUAUGGUGGAGGACAUGUUCUACCAUCAUCUUUCAAAAUUCUUCAGCCCAACCUCAAAUAUUCUCUUUCUGUGGCCUUGCCAUCUACUACUCAAUUUGGAAGAAUCGUAUUAGUGAUGGACAAGAAUUUCUGUACUGAUAGUGCAGGAAAUAUUUUCACAAGAACAGAAAAGUCAAUUUCUUAUGUGCAUUUUGAUAGAAGAAAAGAACUUGCCAGCCUAAGAACUCGCGUUCCGGAAAGGCUACUCGAGCUCAACAGUGAAACCAGACUGGUACAAGCAACAAACAAACACGAUAACUUGAAGGUGUUUUUAUACUUUUCAGAACCAGUUCUUAACUCAUCUGUGGAGGUUUUGAAUUCUCUUGAAGUAAGCGAAGGCACGCUUCUUCCAAUAAGCGGAAGGAGUCUUGGAAAUCGCAGAUUCAGUUUUUUGGUUACAAAUGUUUCUGGAAUUGCAAUAAUCACCGUGAGCCUCAAGCCUAACUCUAUUAUAAGCAGACAAGGAAAUCCUGUUGCACCACUUUCACCAGUUACUUUCCUUUAUGAUUCUCUUAGGCCCACUGUGAUGCUCGGUACAACUACUUAUAUGAGGACAAGAGAAAAAAUAUUUUGGGUCGUUGUAAAUUUCAUGAAGCCUAUAUUUGAUUUCAACUCUUCCUGCGUAUCGAUCCGUGGAGGUCGUUUGCAGAGCUUCCACGAGAUGGGCAGGAAUAUUUACUCUGUUGAAGUACAAGCUGAGGAGGAAGUCGUAUCUGUCAGUGUCCCGGAAAAUGUAACCGUCGAUGUUGCUGGAAAUCGCAAUCUAGCAUCAAAUGUUCUUCAAGUGAGGCACUAUUCUAUACCGACAAUAUCGUCUGUGGUUUCGACCUUUACAAUUGCUUCAUUUACGGCAACAUCCCUUGCAGCAGGACUACUCACUGUAUCAACAGCUAGCCUUCAAUCAGAAGGAGUGUUCAUGAGAUCAUCUUCUUCUCUGACAUAUAAUCCUACAAGGAAUAUUUUCAGAAUUGCUUGCCACAUUCAAAUUUUCGCACUAUCUAUAUGGUUGCCGGUAUCACUGCCAGUUGAGUACUAUGAAUUUGCAAGGGGUUUGCAAUGGAGUAUCCCUUAUUUUAGACUCCCAUGGGAAAGAGAACGUGAUCAUCCUGACUUAAGUGGCUAUAGCCCUUUGACUGGAUCAAAUCCUUAUCUUGCCAAAACUCUUGAUUCAAAGGUUCUUCAAAACAAGGUUCCAGGCAAUAACUUCACCAUGGUUGAUCAGUUAUACGGAUUGCCCCUUACUCCAAUGGAAUACAGAUCAUUUUUCGAGAGCCAAAAUAUCAAACCCCUAGCUGAUAAUAUUUUUGAAGCAGGAAGUUGCAGUCUGUGGAAAGACUUCUAUAGAAGCAUGUUCUGGUUAGGAAUUUUUGCUGGCAGUUUGAUAUUCCUCCAUGCAUUUUUCCUUUUUAUUAUGAAAUGUCGAAAGAAAAUAUACGACACACAGGGCAGUUACGGAGCGCUUACCUUCCCUAGAUUCGAGAUAUUCGUUACAUUUGUUGCACUGCCCUCUAUGUCUAUGGCCUCGGGUGCUCUAUUUAGAGGAGGAACUCUUGCAGGAGUAAUAGUUGGAGUUUUGCUGCUCGGUGUUCUGUCGCUUCUUUUGCUAGCCUUGCUGUUGUUUCUGUCAAUCGGAAUCACGUUCGGGAAACUACUUCAGUACAAAGAAGUUCAUCAAGAAGGUCAAAAAUUUCACUGGUAUCAAGAACUCGUUCGUGUAACGUUAGGUCCCGGCAAGAGAAGUCAAUGGACUUGGAAAAACCAGCCAAACUCAAUUUACCUUAUCAUUUUUGGGCCAAUGUAUGAAGAUCUGAGAGGCCCCCCAAAGUAUAUGCUGUCUCAGAUUUCAGUAGCGAAUCCCAACAAACAUGGCGAUCGCAUUAUCGCCUCGGAUGAUGAAACAGAAGAUGCAGAAGCACCAUUCAUCCAGAAGCUGUUCGGCAUCCUUCGUAUAUACUAUACACUCCUCGAGUCUAUCAGGCGAGUCAGUCUUGGAAUCAUGGCUGGUGCCUACAAGGAAACACUCUCUUCCAGAACUCCUAUAGUUGCCUUAUUAUGCAUCUCAUCAUUUCAGCUCUUUUUCCUUGUUCUCAAGAAGCCGUUUAUCAAGAAGAAAGUUCAAUUGGUUGAGAUCGUCUCCAACACAUGUGAAGUCGGUCUUUUCAUUAUUUGUGCUGUUCUCUUAGAGAGAGAAUUCUCGAUCGGGGAUCAAACGAAACUCGGAAUAACGAUGCUGGUGCUGUUCCUUGUAGGCUACUGUCCACAGCUGAUCAAUGAAUGGUAUGCUUUGUACAAACAGGCAAAGCAGCUUGACUUUGCUGGCCAAUCAUUCAUUUCAGGACUCAAAGUAGCUUUUGUUGGAUUCCUCCUCCUGUUUCUCCCACAGAGAUUCAUUAAAAACUUGGAAAGUAUAUUUGCGGUGAACCUCAGCGGAGGCUCCGAAACCGCAGAUAACUCGUCUGAUAGGAACAGGUAUAGCAGUCGGAGCUCGAGUAAUGAGAAACCAUGGUUGAAACAGCUUCGGAAGCUGGCGAAGGCAAGCUUCACUAAAGAGCAACCUGGGACUUCAACUGAUCCUUCAGGCAGCGGUACACGAUGGAGUGGAUUUUGGGGACGGAGAAGUAGGAGCAGAAGCAGCAGAAGCUCCUCCAUAAGUUCUUCAACUGAUUUCAAGUCCAAAUCCAAAGGCUUGUACAAGGAAUUUGAAACCAUUUUUUCAUCCAGGUGAAACUAAAACACAAAUGUAUUGGUAAUGGCAUCAUCUUCUUGAAGUUCAUUCACUGUUUAGUUUAUUAUCCCAUAUAGUUGAUCAUUUAGGGAGGAGAUUACAGACAAUUGGGUUCCCAUUUUAUUUUUGGGUACAAAAUUUAUGUUCCUGUAUGGCCGUGUAUAAGAGCUUCAGAUUUAUUGUGCAUUAAACUUAAAAAUGAAAUCCAAGAUUCACCCAACAAAAUACUUGCAUUAAGAUGGAAACUUGAAGCAA